AAUUCUCAGAGCUUAGCUCCUGUCACCUAUGCUUCGCUUGCUUCACUUGUGCUUUCAUGGUGGCACCUCACACUGACGUGUGGACAGGUCGCCUGGGAUACAAGGACACCCACGAUGGAUUUGUGCCAUCGAGGCCCAGUGUCGACAGAUCUGGCUAUUGGCCCGAGCGACCACAUGCAAUGGAGGUGAGCCAUCGCCUUCCUUUUCCUGCAGCCAGACUGAAGGAGGAGCCUGAAACUAUCCCGGAGGUUGUCGCGACCAGGCCACAACCGAAACUGCCAUCGGACCGACGGCUUGAGCGCGAACGCGAACGCGGAGGUGAACGUCUUUCCGGGCCCAGCCCAGGCAGCAGUGCAACCUAUUCACCAGCCGUGGACGGCGCUUCUCCGGUCCUUCGCUUGGACCUCCGCACCUCGCCUCAACAAGCUGAGGAUCCAAUGGAGCGCUUCAUUUUUCCAGAGGCUCUUUCUCCCUCUCGGAAACCUGAGAGAGUCCGGCCUUCAGCAACGCUGAGUGUCGAGACAGCUCUGAGCCCGCCGCAAAGUACGACGGAGGCUGAGCCAAAGAGCUCUACAAGGUGCGAGGAUGCUGAGGAGAUGGCAUAUUUGAGAAAGAAUGUGGAGCAUCUCUGCUUCGCAAAGAGGCGGUUAGAGGAGAAGGUUCAGGAACUGGAGUCACGCUGCACAGCCUUGGACCAACGGAAGCAGCAGUACAAGCUCCUCUAUGAGCAAGCAUUGCGUGAACAGGCUGCAGGGGGGGGGCCUUGAAAUCAGCAGUCUUCAUCAGCAGCUCAGCGCUGUCUCACUGCUGAAGGACGCAUUGAACCAAGAGAACAUGGAAUUGUCCCGUCGCCUCGAAGAGGCACAACGGAAUGAGACGAAAGUCUCUCAGGUGAGCUCGCAGGCUCAGUGCGUCAUUUGCAUGGACAAUCUGGCAAAUGUUGUGUGCCUUCCGUGCAAGCAUCUUGCAACGUGCUCGUUUUGUGGCAAGCGAGAGAUUGCAGAAUGCCCCCUUUGCCGGACGAAAGUGGCUGAGACGAUGCAGAUUUUCACGCCCUGAGAGCAAAAAAGGUCGGCAAUCAGAAGUCAGGAAGCAGUAACAGAACAAAAC